AUGGAAGUUUUAAAUGUGCUAACAGGAAGAAGGUUGACCGUACACCUUUUGUUAAUCGAAUUUUUUAUCGCAAUAAAUGUAUUAUGUAUAUAUGGAAUUAUACUGAGUAAAAGAGCUUGCAAUCCCAAGCGUUUUGAAUUUAAAAUACACCCUUCAUCUUUUAUUACGUCUACUUUUCAAACCCCUAAGACUUUUGGUAGUAAAUCGCAAUCAUUUGAUGGACAUAAGUCACUAGGAGACAAGGAAGUGCUGGUUGAAAAAGAUGUGUAUCGAGGAACAUUGGACAACGGGCUUAAAUAUUCGUUUCAUAAGAAGAAGAUGGCGAACAUAGAAGCAUUUCUCCAAGUGUGUUCAGGAAGCUCAGACGAAGAGGAUGACCAGAGAGGGAUUGCACACCUAUGUGAGCACAUGAUGUUCAUGGGAAGCAAUAAAAGAAGGAGGCUGAAUAGCUACGGAGUGAAAACGAACGCGUGUACAGACUACAACCACACGCUGUUUUACGUGAUAACAGAUAGUAAUUUGGGAUGCAAUAGAAGAGAAGAAACCUUAAAAAGAAUGUUGGAGCCGCUUUACGAAGUGAUAGAAGCGCCGACGCAAUUUAAUCAAUAUGAACUCGAGAAGGAGAGGAAGGCAGUGUUCUCAGAAGCAAGAAUAAUACAAACCGCAGAGUACUAUAAGAAUUGUAAUGCAAUAAAGAUAUUGCACCAUGAGAAUAUGCUCCCAAAAAGGUUCCCGAUUGGAGACCUGGAAAUGAUGAAAACGUUCACAGUGGAAGAUGUUAAGAGGUUUCACGACCAGCACUAUAUUCCGAGUAAUUCACACCUGUUCAUACAAGGAGACAUGGAGGAGGAGGAGGUGGCAUCAGCAGUGAAGAAGAUAUUCUCAAAGGCAAUAAAUCCAGCAAACCUUGAGGAAAUACAACUGGUCUACAAGGACACGGAAAAGGAAAGGAGAAGGGGGAUGCCCGCAAUAAAGAAUGUGUAUGGCCAAAAGGAACCUGGGUUUCAUAUUUGGUCAUGUGACAGGUUGUCGUCGUUCUCGUUUGAAAUCAUGAGGAAGAUGGCAGUGCCGGAGAUCCACACGUUCGAGGACUAUUUUAAAGACACACUUAACAGGCUGCUCUACAAAAUCGUAAACAUCAACUUCUCAAUAAUCAAGAGGGACCUUCAGAAGUAUAAGCUCGUGACGGGCAACUUCUACGACUGCGUCAACGAGGGAUGCAGAAUACACUCGCUGGACAUAAAGUGUGACCAGAACGAAUGGAAGGACUCGAUAUGUUACGUUAUAUCGGAAGUUGGAAGGUUUCUGAGCGAAAACAUAAGCACUUUGUACUUGAACUACGCGAAGGACUCGCUGUUGUAUGACUUUGAUAGUUUAGAAGAAGAUAAAAAUAGCACGAACAGGUUCAUAGAGAAUGAAGUGUGCAGAAGAGCGAACUUGUCAGUGGAACAGCACAAGGAUUUAAUUAAAAGGUCCUACGAAGAUAUUGAUCCCGGAACUAUAAGAGAAGGGAUGAAUAGGGUAUUUAGCUGGUACAAAAAGGACCUAACAGAUGUGAAGGUGUUCGCAACAAGUUUGACUCCAGGUGAGUGGUUAUAUUUGAGGAUGGGAAUUGAUAUGUAUGUGACCGUAGAGGAGGUUAAAGAUGUGUUUUACAAGUCACUUGACAGAAAGGUUGAGUCGAAAAGUGUACAAAUAGAUAUGCCGGAUCGACUUUUGAACAGUGAGCAGAUAAAGGAAAUUGUCUCAAAGUCAAGUAGUAAAGUGUUCCCUCCAAUGGAUAAAAAUUUUCAUCUGAAAACAUUUAAUAAGGAAGAGUACGUUAGACAAAUGCCAAUGGAAAGUAGAGUAUUGUUUGAGGAUUAUUAUGGGAAGUUUAGAGAGUAUUUAGAGAAAGUAAAGGAUGUAGAGUUGUAUGAGCCAGUGUCUAAUGGAAGAUCGUCAGAUUAUGAGUUGUUUUUAGAAAAACAAUACAAGUGUGACCCAAGUACGAAGGAUGAUUUGAAGUACUUGUAUAGCCUUAUGAACUCGAAUAAGACGAUGAUGAGGACGAAGCCAUGUAAACUAUAUGAAAACACGAUUAAAAGCAUCAAGGAUGGUGAUGUUGGUAGUGAAGAUGAAACAACAAUUGAUAAAAAUAGUACACAACUAGAAGAUUUAAAAACAGAAGAUGGAGAAACAAAGUCGGACGCGAAUUAUGUAAAUAAGUACACUGAUGGAUAUACAUCAUACACACUUAACAAUAAUGUGAGAGUUAAUAGUAAAAUAGUAGAGGAGAACGCAAUACACGUUUCAGCAAACAUACCAAUAAUGGAGUACAUGACAAGUAACAGUAUGGCACUGAGUAGCCUGAAAUCGCAAGGCACCAGAGAGGAGAAGGUUAAGAUGAAUAAGAUGAUGCUGAUGCUAAUAAGCGGAAGUCUGAUGGAGAGUGGAUCAGUAGGAGACCUGGAUAGAAGACAAGUGGAGCUGUUCUGUGAGUUGAAUUCAAUAAUGGUGGACAUAUCGCUGACUUCGGACUACCUGAACAUCAAUUUUGAAAUACCACUGGCGUCGACAAACGAGGAAAAGAGAGUAAUGUUGUUGGAGUACUGCCUCCAGAUGGUAAACAUGCUACUGGAGAAGCAUCAAAUAAAAAGAGACGAGUUCGAAAGAGCAAAGCAGAAGUUGAUAAAUGAUGAUACGGAGUAUAAGAACAGCAUCAAGGAUUACGGCUAUGGAGAGCUGGUGAACAGUAUGACAGGAGGAUUGGGGCUCUUUCACGACGUAGAUAUGAAGAAGAUGAGUGCAAUUAGAUACGAAGACGUGGUGGAAGAGACGAACAAGCUGUUCAACAAUACACAAAAGGAAGUGAACGUGGUGACCAAUGUGAGUUGCGAUGAGGUGAAGAAGUUGGUUCUGCAGUACCUGAGUAGUUCAGAUAUAGUAUCAAAAUGUCGCAAUAGUAGUAACGGUGAGCAUGGACAGCAAGAGGAAGUUGAGAUUGAUGGUAAGAACGAUGUUGAUGGUGAUAAGGAAGAUAAAAGUCGACCGAUCCCAGCAAAUUAUUAUAGAAAAAAUAUGGUAACACUCUUUGAGGACGUAACGGAUAAGGCAGUAGUAUUGGUGGGAGGACACGCACCAAAUUCAAGUGGAUUUCUAUCAAAUGGGAAACACAUGAGUACACUACUAGAGGAGACACUAAAGGCAUCGGCGGAAAACCCAGGGGAAAUUGAAAAUGUGUGUGCACUGAGAAGAGAGUUGUGGAUGCAUCCAGCCUUUCCAAAGGCGGCCGGAGACUUGUUUAUGCAACUGAGGACAAUUAAAAAUCUCACCUAUGAAACGACGAUCAAUGUUGUGACCAAUGACAUAAACUACAGCUACUUUGUUAUAUCGAGUUUCUGCAACAAUAGGAACUACCCAAUGCUCAUGUCUGAGAUUUUGAAGUAUCUGAAAAGCCUGGCAAGUACGGAGGUCCGGCUAUCAAGCAGUAACUUGGAAAGGUGCAAGCAGGUGAUAAAGAAUAGGAUAAAGUGCAGUGGGCCAGGCUACCACUUCAAGAACAUGACGGGGAUACAGUUGGCAGAGGCAACAACGAAGAAUUUAUUGGCGCUGGUUGAGUACGAGCAGGUGCUGGACAUGAUAACCCCUGAGGACUUCACCCUUCUGAUGGCGUCGCAGGUGUACGGAAUCGACGAGCACAACCUUUACACGAGGGCGCUCUACUCAGAUACAAGUUGA